AGGUAAAUGUCAUUAAUGUCAUCAUAACCUCACUCAAAAACAUGUUGAUUUGUGUUUAUAUCAGUAAACUAGUACAUUAUUAAUAAAAUAAAUAUUAGUGAAAAUGAUAUCUACUAUGACGAAUAACACUGAUACUAAGGCGAAAAAAGCAAAGAAUCCAAAACGUACUCAAGAUUUUAAAGCUGUACAGCUCAAAUUAACUGAAGAUUCAGUGGCACCGCACACCAUAUAUCUUAAAGAACAUGUAGUUAGAGAACAUACUGCAGACAAGCCACAAGGCCGUACUUUGUUGGUAGUGAAUGUGCCGCCAUACGCAGACGAAAAAGGUAUUACUAAUGCAUUCCGUGAGGCUGGCUCCGUACAAUCAGUUCAACUUUGUUUAAAACCUUCAACUGCUGAAGUAAAAUUAAUCAAGAAAUUCUUGCCGGAUCCAAGCAUAACCACAUUUAAAGCAGCUUACAUAGUUUUUAAGAAGGUUGCAGAAUUAGAUAAAGCAUUAAAACUAACCGAACUACAGCCAAUGAACUCUGAAGAUCAUCAAAUAACAACAGGCAUUAAAAAGUGGAUUGAGGAAUACAACAACACCAUUGUGUUACCGAAAGUGCUAAAAGAAAAUGUGGAAACAUUUAUGAAACAGUUUGAUGAAAAUACAAAGAAAGCAGAUAAGAAGGAGAAGGAAUUAGAACAAGAGGAUGAUGAGGGAUGGGUGACAGUCACUAAGAGAGGGAAGGUGCAGAGCUUUGCACGAUCAGAAAAAGUGGAGAACAAAAUCAUGCAGAAAGAAGAGAAAAAUAAAAAGCGGAAGGAGCUGAAGAACUUCUACACUUUCCAAAUACGAGAAUCAAAAAUGAAGCACAUUGUAUCACUAAGGCAAAAGUUUGAGGAAGACAAGAGGAAAAUAGCACAGAUCAAACAGAGUAGAAGGUUCAAGCCAUUUUAGAAUCAAUAAAAAUAAGUUCUAACUA